CUGAAUCAGUCACGUGGUUCCACUCACCGCAUGCGUCAUCAACACGAGACACAAACAGACGUGUUGCUCGUCCCCUGGGAGCCGAGGCUUGAGCCACUGCUUACCGGACCCAACAAGGAGGCAGAACCCAGGCGGCCCGGUUCCGAGUGCCUCCGGCUCCGCUCCAGAGCUCCGAGGAGCGACGGGACUCCAGCGACCUGCAGCGGGACUCCAGCAGCGGGACUCCAGCGGCGUGAAGCUCCUCCAGGCCUCCGAGUGGAUCCAGGAUCCCUCGGUACCAGGCAGCUGGAGGCGGACUUUACUGGACGCUCCGAAGAACUCCGGAGCUAAAACCGACCCAGAAAAGGCAUCGGCUCAGAAGAUCUGAAGACCAAAGAGGUUCUGCAGCUUACCAGACAGGAGCAGAAUGAAGCAGGAGAACCAGGAGGUGAAGAUUGAGGUGGAUGAAGAGAACCAGGAGAUGAGAGUGAAGGAGGAGAAUCAGGAGAUGGUCAUUGAGGUGAAGAAGAACUAUGAGAUGAAGACUGAGGUGAAGCAGGAGGAGAAUGAGGGGCUUAAAGAUGAGGACUACCAGGACCUAGAACUGGAUCACCUCCCUCUGAACACCACCAAGCCAGCCGCCUCCUCUGGUCCCUCUGAUCUCCAGGAACAUGAAGACCAUCGGCAGAUUGAUGGAGCCCUCGCCGCACCAUCUAAGGGAAAGGCUCGUGGUAGGCCUCGAAAAAAGUCAUUUACCUGUGACCAGUGUGGAACAACAGUGAAAUCGAAUUUUUAUUUAAAGCAACAUCUACGGAUCCACACGGGAGAGAAACCAUACAGCUGUGAUCAGUGUGGAGCAUCCUUUAAUAGUAGUAAUCAUUUAAAAAGACAUAAACAAGUCCACACUGGUGAGAAACCAUACAGCUGUAAGCAAUGUGGGAAAUCAUUUUCUAUCAAAGGCACCCUUCAAAAGCAUGAACACUUAGUUCAUCAGGAAGAAAAGCCCCACAUAUGUGAACUAUGUGGGAAAGGUUUUAGUCUUAAGGAAUGUCUGAAAAGCCACAUCAGAAUUCAUUCUGAUGAGAGACCAUACCAGUGUGGCACUUGUGGAAAAACCUGUCGGGAAAAGGGUGAUUUGAGACGUCAUAUACUGACCCACACAGAUCAGAGAGAUUAUGAAUGUGAAGUUUGCAGGAAAACAUUUAAUCGACUAGGUACCCUUAAAAGGCAUAGGCGAACACAUACAGGAGAAAAACCAUACAGCUGUGAUCAUUGUGGGAAGACCUUCAGUAGAAAAUUUACCUUAGAUGUUCACAGACGAACGCACACUGGAGAACAGCCGUAUUGGUGUGAACUGUGUGGUAAACUUUUCAGUUCACAGGCAAGUAUAAUGUUGCAUCAACGAAAUCCCUGCAAAUGAGAAGCAACCUCCUUUACAGGGGGACAAAUGCAAAAUCCACCUUUUUAGUCCUCAGAGACAUUUUGUUGUGUACUUGGAGAUCUAGGGGGUGCAGAUAGGUUGAAUGGAUAUAUAAUUAGAUAUCUAUAUUUUCUGUUUGGAUCAAGUUUCUAUUCUCUAUGAAGAUUUUUAACAAUGUCACAGUAUUUGCUGCGAUGCUGCCAAACAAUAACGAGGGAUUCAGACCAACGCAGUUCUACUUUAUAUUGACCACAACUGAAAGAAGGCAUUAAAAAUCAUGACCUUUCCCCUUUAGAUUAAUAACCAUCUUUGAGACAACUAUGACCUGUAAGGAAAAUGUGGAUUAAAGUGUUGCUGGAACAUUAGUUUACCAAGUAUUUUUUUUCUCCUUGUUUUGCUAGUCUGUGGUGCUUAACUGUUAGCAGACUAGUUUCUAAGAAAACGCUAAAGGUAAUUGAGCCUAAAGCUACAUGUUUGUUUCUUUUUGUUGUUUUUCUUGAAGUCUGAACAAACUUUAUUCUAGUGAGUGGUAAAAACACUAAUGGUCCAAUAAUGUUAUAACAUUUAUAGUGAUGGUAGAUAAAGACAUGCUGCUGUUAGCAUUUCUUUGUUAGCUAAAAACUGUUAACUCACAUGUGACCACAUCUUGUUUAUUAUUGCAUUUCAUCUGUCUCAGAAAACAAAAAUAGGAGCCGUGUAUGAAGUAAACCUGAAUAAACGGCGUUCCAGUUGAGCACAGUCGGAGAAGUCGGGAUUCCAAAUUUAAAACAAAAGGAUUCCAAGAUGGCGACGCCAGGAAAGCUGCUGUUGUGCUACGUUCACACCGAACGCGAAUGCAGCGAGUAUUUUACGUGUUACCCCAUCUUAAAGGUGUGAUCGGAGCAAACUAACAGGCAAUAUGCCACUAGAGCAGAGCUAAACCCUCAAAAUGCUUCCUUACUGACCGUUUUUAAAGAAACACCGUGCCUGAAGACACAUUUUCAGUAGCUGAAUAAUUUUAGUGUUAAGGUAGAUUUAGCUCCACCCAUCAUCAAGGAUUCAUGCAGCGUUAGGAGAGUGCACCCCGGGACGAACCACCAGCUGCUGUUCCUACAGAACUGGCCACCACCAGCACCCCCGGCUUGGCUCCAUCCCUGGAGAGACUGCCGCUGUACGACCUGGAGCUCAUCAAAUAUGAAAUAAAUCAAGUCAUUUCUGGCUAUAGCACAGCUGGGCUCAAUUUGGAAAAUCUGGACCCACAAUAAAUGUUUUUAUAUGUGGCAGUUUCUCCACGGACGGACCUACAUACUGUUCCCUCCUAUUCUCUGCCUGUUCUUUUUCUACAAGGUCCCAAAACUGGUUGAGUCAAAGGACCCAGGCUUUUCUCUAAAUAUGUUUUAAAAAGCAUUUUAAAAUGUUAAAUGUCUUGUAUCACUUUAACUAGUCUUGACGACCUCCAAAGCGCCUCACACUACAGUUUAGUCAUUCACCCAUUCACACCCUGACUGGUUCAUGUAAAGAUCGUAGCUGUUCCUGUAAGCUCUGUUUUAAAGGAGUUAUCCAUCGUACAGAACGUGUUCUUUAGCCAUCAUCUGUAAAACCUGAGUAGAAACGACGGCUCUAGAAACCUGGUCAACGAUUGUAGCUCUUUGAGUUUCUUCAGGAUAUGAGUUGAGAACAGGAGGACUCCGCCAUGAUGAAAUCCUUCACGUCAUCCCUCACACGCCUUGCUUCUGUUAAAGCUAGGGUCGCUGAUUGUUCUGGAAGUUGUUGGGUUAGCAGGAACGCUCUUUUUAUUCAUUUUAGCAGUAAUGUAUUUACUGAUUGAAGACACAUGGACAGGUGCUCUGCAGCAGGAAUAGAUCACCAGACCGCUGUGUUGACUUGAACACACCAGAGGAACCACAUACCAGACUCUCUUCCUGUGUGAGGAGGUGGUGAAGCGAGCUGGGGGGGGAUUAGCUAGAGAGGCGAAAUGUCAAUGGUGUUUGUGUUCGGUGUGAACGUAGCAUAAUGGUCCAGGAAUGUGAGUUUGCUCCGUUCUAUGUCUUUAACUUAAUCUCCUCUAGCUAACCUGCUGAAAUAUUUAAUAAUAAUCUUUUAAAAUGUGCUAACUCUUGUCUGGGUUAGCUGCCAAUAGCGCUGCUGUUGCUAAGCGCUAGUCAACAUCGUUGACCACGUAGCCUGUUUAGAUCGCGCUACAAUCAAACGCGCCGCCAGCAUCAUAUUGUGUUCAUAUUCAUAAUAAUGGUUGAUAAAGGGAGAUGUUACUGUUAGCUUUUCCUCUUCAGUUAAAUCCAUUAACGUGGAUGUGAUGUCAUCACCUCCAUAUAUGGUCAUUCGCCAUCUUGUGUCAUCUCUAUUCAACAUCCCGUCUCUCCCUGUGCAGGCUGGUUAGAAACUGUUAAUUUGUUAAUUUCCAGUUCAGCAAAUAAUUUUUUAAAAUCCUGUUUUAUUGAAUUAUGGUUUAAUUUACCCUUCUGAGGGUAAACUGGACUGGUUGUCUGAACAAAUUGUUCUUAGAUUAAACUAAUUUCAGCUCCAGGUUCUUCAGAAUCAACCUUUCUAGACAUAAACUUUGCAUCAUUUAUUGGUUCUUUUUUUAGUAGUUUUAUUAGUUUUUUAUAAUUUUUUCCUUGUUUUAGUUGAUUUACCAGCCCAGUAAAAGUUUGAUAUUAUGACUGGAAGUUGGAUUAUUGUGUAACUAACAGUUGUAUUUCAGAGAAAAGUUGUUCUGUUCUAUAAAUGUCUGCAGGAGUUGCUAAGAUUGACAUUUAAAGAGCAACCAACCCUCAAUCACUGACUGCCGUUAUUUUAGUUUAUUCAUUGCAGUAAAAGUCUGGGUGUGUGCUGGAAGAUUUUUACGAGGUUUUAAAAUGUUGCCCAAAGAAAAGGUUUCUGAAACUCCAUCCCUGGCGUGUCACUCCAAACGACUAAAUCUAUCGUAACGAGAGGAGAGGGUCUCGUGAAGGAGGCCUGCUGUUAACGAGCGCUGCUGGAGGACGCUAGCCUGGCUAACAGCUAGCCUGGCUGAUAAAUGGUUUAUAAAUGUUAUUAAAUUACCUGUAAACACAUAACUCAUUCCCAGGUGUUAAUUAAGCAUUAAGCAAAUAGUGAGCCUAACCUGUUGAACUAUGUGUUUCAUCUAGAGUUCUUUAUAUUAAACAUUUCAGACUGACUCCCUACCAUGUAGCACCAACAGCCUAGUUUUGGUAAGUUAAUGGAUAGAUGAUGGUGUUUAUCAGGCAGACGGAUGCAUGGUGUAUACAGGAUAAUUAUUCCUGUAUACACCGUGCAUCAGUCUGGUUAGCAGCUGGUAGCCUGAUUUCAAACACGGGACUAACAGGGUCAGCGUCAUCAGGGUUAGAUAACUAUGGAUUUGACGCUAAAGCUCCACAAAUAUUGUUUUUGCCACUUUUGUCUUAAAAAAAUAACAAAAAUAAAAAAUCUGAGGCUACACUGUAAAGUCCAGCCUCCCGUUGAAAUGUAGAGGACUCAAAAUGAGCGGGAAGAAAGCAGUAUUAGAAAGAUGGUCAUGUGUGGGUCAAGCCAGGGGAGGUGAUAGUUUUGGUUUUCAAUAAAACCAAGUUUGAAUUUAUGGA